AUGCAAUAAACUAUAUCAAUUAGUAAAAGGAUUGCUACUUUAUUUCAUAAUGUAUUAAUGACAUACAUAUUUUAAUACAGAUUAAAGGAAUUUACAAAAUGGAUCCUUCAGCAAUAUAAGUAGAAGGAUAGAAAGAAUUCUAAGAAUAUGUCGAUUAUUUAUUAGAAAGAGGUAUGAAAAUUAAUAAUUUACGAAUCGCUUAAUUUAAAACAAGGAACAAUUUAUCUUAUUUAGGAUUAUAAAGUAAACAUUAUUGAUAUAAUAUAUUUAGCUGUUGAUAAAAUUGAAAAGGAUUCAAUUCUUGUAUCAGUUCCAAGAGAAUUAAUGUUAACCACUAAAAUUGCAUACUUUUCUGAUAUUCAAGAAAUUUUUGAUUCUUUUCCAUAAUUUUUCAGCUAACAUUGUGCUGGAGGAUGGUAGGAUAGAAUUCUACUCACCUACAUUUUAUAUUAAUCUUAAUUAGGGAAGUAUUUAUUAUCAAUUAAACUUUUAGAUAAUCAUAAUGGUAUCAUUUAAUCUCUAAUUUACCAAGAGAUAUUGAUUAUUUAAUCUUUUGGUCAGAGGAAGAAUUAAAAUUAUUAAAGGAUGAUAAACUUGUUUAAAAAGCUAAAAGAGAAUUAUAAGAUUUUUUAUUAAUCUAAAAAACUUUAACGCAUAUUUUAGACUAAUAUCCUUAAUAUUUUAAAAAAGAGACUUAUUGUUUUGAAAAUAUCAAAUGGAUUUUUAUUCAUUUGGUUAGUAGAUGUUUUGGAUCUACUUUAGAAUAAGUUGCAUUUGUUCCAUUUUGUGAAAUGUUUAAUCAUGAAAAUACUGAUGUUAGAUACAAAGGUUUAUAUUUAGAAAAUAAUAUAAAUAAACCUUAAGAUGAUAAAUAAUAAGAAUAUAAUGAAUCAGAUGAAUCAGAUGGAGACAGUGAUUCAUAUGAUUAAGAAGAUUAUUAAUAUCCAAUUGAAAUUUUAGAUGAAAUCAAAAAUUAUAAGUAAUAAACUCCAAAAUACAAAUAAAUAGAAGAAGAAUUAACUUUGUAUUAAAAUUAGGUUGAUUUUCUAGAUCCUGAGGCUAUUUAAAAAUUGAAACUAUUUCAAGAGAAAUGUAAUAACAGAAUUGAUCUAUAAAUUUAAUAUCUAAAAAAUAAGAGAUGGUUGUAAGAGAAUCUUAAUUUAAGAGAUAAUUUUACCAUAAUUUUUGUAUCAAAAAGUCUUGAGUAAAUUUAGGAAUUAAUUAAAUUGUAUGAAACUGAUAUUUUGACUUAUGAUUAAGUUUCAUCUUUUCUCUAAUAAGUUUUCGAUAACUCUGAACUUUAUUUGUAAAAUAUAUAAUAAUACUAAAUUGGCAAAACUAGGGCCAAAAAUUAUUAAUUAAAAUAAUUUGAAAUUCCAGAAUAACCCUAAACGAUUGAAAAUGUGUAGGAAAUGUUGUAAGUUGAAAUUCCUGAUAAUUUGAAGCCUUUUGAAGCAAAAGAAGAUUGGAAAGAAGAUUAAUUUGAUAAUUUUGUUAUAAAGUGUUCAAGCAAGGAUGAAUUUGAAAAAGGUGCUUAAGCAUACUUUUCAUAUGGAACCAUUUCAAAUAGAUCACUUUUAUUGAGAUAUGGUUUUACACUUGAAUACAAUAUGUAUGAUUAUGUCGAUGUGAAAUCACAAUAUAUUUAGCACAUACCUUUUGCAAGUGAUAUUGCUGAUGUAAAUAUUUAUAAGUUAUAAAAAUAGUAUUUCUAAUUGUCCAAGUUUAUGAAAUUCAAAAUCAGAUACACUAGAAUCAACGAGGAUCUAUUAAUGUAUUUCAAAGUGUUAAACUGGUCAUAUGAUUAAGGGAUAUCAUAUUUAUUUAAUGAUUAAUAUGAUUGUGCUAUCAUUGAUUAGGCUUUAAAUUUAAUAAAGACAUAUCAUAAUGAACAUUUCAAAGAAAUGCUAAAAAGUGAAUCAGAAAAACUUACAGAUCCAAAAUUGAAUUAUCAUGAUUAUUUCGCUCUAAUUUAUAAUGUUGAAUAAUAGAGAAUUAUUGAAGCCUAAUUGGAAGCAUUAGAAAUGUUGAAAUGCAAGAUUGAAAAAAAAGAAUAUGGUGAAUAAUAAUUUGAAUGGACUUCAUAUUUGAUUGAGAAAUUUAAAGUUUGA